AUGGGGGGCCCCCCUGUGCCCUGUGCAGGGGCCCCAAAUGAGGACCAUAAGGGCAGCGUGCUCAAGGACGAGGUGGGGGGGCCCCCCUCGUUGCUGGCUGCUGCCGUUUGGGGGCCCAUCUCGCUGCCCAUGGGGCCCCCGACGGUGAAGUUCUCUCGGUACCCCCAGUUGGGUACAAUCAUGGGGCCCCUGUUGGCGAACAGCUGGGGGCCCCUCUGGGGCGUUGCCAGGGGCCCCAGCCUCGCCUCUUCUGGGAAGUUCCUGUUGGCAACAAUCUGCAGGACCCUGUCGGGGGCCCCCUCCUCUUCCUGUGCGUGGAGGAGGGGGGCCCCUUGCGGGCAGCCGUCGGGGGCCUCCUGGGCCUCCACGAGGGCCCCCAGGUCCUCAUCAGGACCCGGGGGGCCCCCUUCUUCUUGGGCCUCGCUGCCGAUUUGCUGCAGGUACCUCCUGCAGGGCUUCGAGCGGGAGCGGGAGCCCUUACCAAGGUACCCCCAAUGCUUCUUGAAAACGAGGAGGCCCAUUAUAGACAACAUUGGGCCUGAGGCUUGGCACAAAGAGGGUACUGCUGCUCGCCUUGCUGGGGGGGGAGCUGGGGGGGUUCUUACCCGGGGGGCCCCCCUGGGACCCCUUCUGGGGGACCUUCUGGGGGGGCCAGGGGGCCCCUCCGCCCUGUGUUGGACCCGUAGGGUGCAUCCCGAUGCUGCCGGAGGGCCCGUCAGUUGGGCGCCAGCCACUGUCUGGGUAGUUGGGGGCCCCCCCAUCCCCGGGAAAGUCCGAAUCACCUCCACUUCCAGGGGACUCUGGACUUCCAUCUCCAGGAUAUUCUGGUCUUUCUCCUCCCGGAUAUUCUGGCCUUUGGCCUCCAGGAUAUUCUGGCCUUCCUCCAGGAUAUUCUGGUCUUUGGCCUCCGGGAUAUUCAGGUCUUUGGCCUCCAGGAUAUUCAGGUCUUUGGCCUCCAGGAUAUUCUGGUCUUUGGCCUCCAGGAUAUUCUGGUCUUUGGCCUCCAGGAUAUUCUGGCCUUCCUCCAGGGUACUCUGGCCUUCCUCCUGGAUAUUCUGGUUGAUCACCUCCAGGAUAAUCUGGUUGAUCACCUCCAGGAUAUUCUGGUCUUCCUCCAGGAUAUUCUGGUCUUCCUCCCGGGUAAUCAGGUUGAUCACCUCCCCCAGGAUAUUCUGGUUGAUCACCUCCAGGAUAUUCUGGUUGAUCACCUCCAGGAUAAUCUGGUUGAUCACCUCCAGGAUAUUCUGGUCGAUCACCUCCAGGAUAUUCUGGUCGAUCACCUCCUGGAUAUUCUGGUUGGUCACCUCCUGGAUAUUCUGGUUGAUCACCUCCAGGAUAUUCAGGUUGAUCACCUCCUCCUGGAUAUUCUGGUUGAUCACCUCCUCCAGGAUAAUCUGGUUCAUCACCACCUCCAGGAUAAUCUGGUUCAUCUCCACCAGGAUAUUCAGGUUGGUCACCUCCUCCAGGAUAUUCAGGUUCAUCACCUCCACCUCCAGGAUAUUCAGGUUCAUCACCUCCACCUCCAGGAUAUUCAGGUUCAUCUCCACCUCCUCCAGGAUACUCUGGUUCAUCACCACCACCUCCUGGAGAUUCUGGUUCAUCACCACCACCUCCUGGAGAUUCUGGUUCAUCUCCUCCAUCUCCAGGAGAUUCAGGUUCAUCACCUCCUGGAGAUUCAGGUUCAUCACCACCUCCAGGAUAUUCUGGUUCAUCUCCACCACCUCCUGGAUAAUCAGGUUCAUCUCCACCUCCUCCAGGAUAUUCUGGUUCUCCUCCGCCUCCUGGGCGGUCACCGGGGCCCUCGUCAUCCCCGCCAUCGUCUCCAGAGUCCCCGCCAUCGGGGCCUUCCUCUGGAGGCCCCCCUUCAGGGGGGCCCCCCUCCUCUGGGGGCCCCCCACCCCCGGGGGGCCUCCACUCGGGCCUAUCCCCAGGCCCAAACGGGGGCCUCCCACCCGGCCAAUAGGGGGGCCGGCCUCCAGGCAAGUAGGGGGGAUAAGGAACAGGGAAAUAAGGAGGAAGUGGCCGGGGGGGCCUCCCACCUCCUGGGCCUAUUGGUGGACGGCCUCCAGGGCCCACAGGGGGGCCCCCUGGGCCUAUGGGUGGCCGGCCUCCUGGGCCUAUAGGGGGGCCCCCAGGGCCUAUGGGGGGCCUGCCUCCUGGGCCUAUAGGAGGGCCUAUGGGAGGGCGACCUCCUGGGCCUAUGGGGGGGAACCCAGGGCCUACUGGAGGGCGUCCUCCAGGGCCUAUAGGGGGGCCCCCAGGGCCUAUUGGUGGGCGACCUCCGGGGCCUAUUGGGGGGCCCCCAGGGCCUAUUGGUGGGCGGCCUCCGGGGCCUAUUGGGGGGCCCCCAGGGCCUAUUGGUGGGCGACCUCCUGGGCCUAUUGGUGGGCGACCCCCUGGUCCUAUAGGCGGGCGUCCUCCAGGGCCAAUUGGGGGGCCCCCAGGGCCUAUUGGUGGGCGACCUCCAGGGCCCCCAGGCCCUAUUGGUGGGCGCCCUCCGGGGCCCCCAGGGCCUAUUGGUGGGCGACCACCGGGGCCCCCUGGCCCUAUGGGUGGGCGACCUCCAGGGCCUACUGUAGGGGGGCCCCCAGGGCCUAUGGGUGGUCGACCUCCGGGGCCCCCAGGGCCUAUGGGUGGGCGGCCUCCGGGGCCCCCAGGGCCUAUUGGUGGGCGGCCUCCGGGGCCCCCAGGGCCUAUUGGUGGGCGACCUCCGGGGCCCCCAGGGCCUAUUGGUGGGCGACCUCCGGGGCCCCCAGGGCCUAUUGGUGGGCGACCUCCGGGGCCCCCAGGGCCUAUUGGUGGACGGCCUCCAGGGCCCCCUGGGCCACCAGGGCCUAG